CUCUGGGAACUACACUUCCCGGGGAGGUAACGGCUCCAGCAGGCCGCGCGUUGUGGGGACGUCGCACUGUCCGCAGCCCGGUCCAGACUUGCGGAGUGUUAGAGGGGCAGGCCGGAAGGGGGUUCUUUUCCUUCACUCUGCGCUCAGGCAGCGCCAACCCCGCCUUACCUCGCCCCACUGCCGUGCGCUCCCUGCCCGGCUCCCCGCGCCAGCUAUUCCUGGGCCCCUCAAGGAGUUGGGGCCUGGGGGUUCGAAGGUAACGGCCGCUGCCAGCAGCCGGAGCCAGGGGCGCGCUCCUCUACAGCCCAGCAAACUCCGCCCCCGGUUCUUGCCUCCAUGGGCCCGACUCAGAAACCCAACGUGUGUCGCCAGCUGAGUCGCCGGGCGCUGGGCUUCUUCUCGCGGGAUGCAGGCGUGGUGCAGAGGACGAACCUGGGCAUCCUGCGGGCGCUGGUGUGCCAGGAAAGCACUAAAUUCAAGAAUGUUUGGACAACUCAUUCCAAGUCACCUAUAGCCUAUGAGAGAGGAAGAAUAUAUUUUGACAAUUAUCGGUGCUGUGUCAGCAGUGUUGCAUCAGAGCCAAGAAAACUUUAUGAAAUGCCAAAAUGUUCCAAAUCAGAAAAAAUAGAGGAUGCUUUAUUAUGGGAAUGCCCAGUGGGGGAAAUACUUCCCAAUCCAUCAGAUUAUAAAUCCUCACUCAUAGCACUGACUGCUCAUAAUUGGCUAUUUCGCAUAUCAGCAGCUACUGGAAAAGUCCUUGAGAAAAUAUAUCUGGCUUCAUACUGCAAAUUCAGAUACUUGAGCUGGGACACUCCUCAAGAAGUCAUUGCAGUCAAAUCAGCUCAAAACAAAUGCUCAGCAUUGGCCCGACAGGCAGGCAUUCAACAGCCUGUUUUGCUGUACCUUGCAGUGUUCCAUGUUUUACCUUUUUCACUCAUAGGGAUUCUGGAAAUCAACAAGAAGAUUUUCGGCAACGUUACAGAUGCUACCUUGUCUCAUGGGAUACUGAUUGUGAUGUACAGCUCAGGACUGGUCAGACUCUAUAGCUUCCAAGCCAUCAUUGAACAGUUCAUGCAACAGAAACUUGACUUAGGGUGUGCAUGCAGAUGGGGUGGGACUGCUGGAACUGUGGGAGAGGCUCCUUUUGGCAUUCCUUGUAAUAUUAAAAUCACAGACUCACCACCACUGCUCUUUGAGGUGUCCUCCCUGGAGAAUGCUUUCCAGAUUGGAGGCCAUCCUUGGCACUACAUCAUCACACCUAAUAAGAAGAAACAGAAAGGAGUUUUCCAUAUUUGUGCCCUGAAAGAUAAUUCCUUGGCAAAAAAUGGGAUCCAAGAAAUGGAAUGUUGUUCUCUAGAAUCUGACUGGAUCUAUUUUCAUCCUGAUGCUUCUGGUAGAAUAAUACAUGUCGGUCCAAAUCAGGUCAAAGUUUUAAAGCUAAAUGAAGUAGAAGAUAAUAGUGCCCAGUAUCAGAUUUCUGAAGACUUUGUCAUUUUGGCCAACAGGGAGAAGAACAAGAAUGAAAAUUUAUUCACCGUUACAGCUUCUGGACGGGUGGUGAAAAAAAAUUUUAAUCUUCUGGAUGAUGACCCAGAACAAGAGACUUUUAAAAUUGUGGACUACGAAGAUGAGCUGGAUUUGCUUUCUGUGGUAGCUGUUACCCAAAUAGAUGCUGAAGGAAAAGCUCACCUGGAUUUCCACUGUAAUGAAUAUGGAACUUUACUUAAAAGCAUUCCACUAGUGGAGUCAUGGGAUGUGACAUACAGCCACGAAGUCUACUUUGACAGAGACUUGGUACUGCACAUAGAACAGACACCGAGCAGGGUCUUCAGCUGCUAUGUUUACCAGAUGGUAUGUGACCCUGGCGAAGAAGAAACAACAAACAGAAGUUGUGAAAAAGAGUGAGAUAAUUUUAAAAUUUGAGAUGUAAUUUAUGAGACUUUUUGCCACAUAUCCAAGCAACUAUUUUUGGUCUUCCUCUUUGUUAUCUGCAUAGCAAAUUCUCCAGUAUUUUUUAGAAAAAGUCUUGGGCUGACUUCAGAUGACUGUGAUUUCUUUUUUAAGUUCUUGUCAUACAAGUGAUAAGGACUUCAUUUUAUGGAGAGAUUUUUUAGAAUGACAUCCCAAGAAGCCUAGCAUUUAGAGCUUUUAGUCGGGUGGUGAUGCAAAUAUCAAGUGUUGGGGAGCACAAAAGACAAGUUGGUGCCAGUUGUUGGGAGAAGGUUAUUGAUGGAGAAGUGUUUAACAUGAUUCUUAAAGGAUAGUAUGGAAUUUUGAUUGGUAAGACUAUGAGGAAGAGACAUAAAGAAAAAAAUCCUCCAUCCUGUAUACCAAACUUUGCCUAAGGGUGAGAAAUGAGAUCCAUAAUGUGAAAGAAUACUUUUGAGCCAAAAAUAUGUCAUCACAGUUUUUAAUCACAUAUAUGUAUAUGUUUUGUAUUUAUAUGUAGCAUUAAGAAUUGGUUCUAGUUCCCAGAUUCUCUUUUCUUCCAUGGUUUUAUUCUCUUGGCUUGGUGUUCCCAAGAACACCUUGGUUGUUUACAUUUCUAUCACAGACUAAUGUAAAAGAUAACAGGCAAACUUUAAGUGACAAUUUUUCUUGAUAUGUAGCCUGUUUAGCUCUGAAUACAUCUAAGAAUGUUGUACUCAUUUCACCAUUCUGUUCAUUUGGUAAAUUUUCCAAUUCUGCUUAGGCAGUAUUUUCAUACCUAUGCAAUAAGAUAAAGGUAUCCUGGAUCCCACCAGUUCUGCUCCUUGUGGAAGAGUAGAUGAAAUCUCAAUUCUUACUAGUUUGGGGACUGACUGAUUAGCUAGAAAAGGCUUUUGACUCUGUCUUAGUUGUGAAACAAGUAUUUUUGCUUCUUUGUUGGGACCACACUAAAUAUAAUCCUUGAACUCA